AUGUACAUAAAGGUAGGUAGUCAUAACGAGGAUGGGAAUGAAGAACUCCGACGGUCGAUGAAGGACGGUGAGAUGGCCUCGGCCCCAAACUUGAUGGAGAGAAGGGUUAAGGCUAAUAACAUAUCGUCAAUCAAUUCAUUGAAUUUCAUGCAUAAACCACAGAGGGUGUCACAGAUGAAGACCAAUCUGUUCCCUGAUGAAGAAAUUUUGAAGAAUACGAAUUUGAAUAAGAAGUUGUCCACGGAAACCUAUGGAGGUGGAUAUUCGCCUACGAGGCGUCAAGGGUCCAAUGGGAACUUGUACAGUGACGAGCAAUUGCCUUUCCCACCGGUUUACAAGAAGUCUGGGGAAAUACUCAAGAGCUCACUUAAGAUGAGGUCCAAAUCGCUGCCCACUUCCCCUUACAUCAGCAGCGAGAACAAGGAUUUCUCGAAUGUACAACCUGGAAGAUUACAGAGAAGUAAGAGUGUUCAUUUUGACCAGAAAACGCCAGUUAAGUAUUUCUGUGAGGAUGAAAGCCCCAUCGAUGUGGGAACGAAACCCAAUGACGAAACCGAGGAUAUAAGUUAUCAGCAUAAACCUGUCAGAAGCCUAUACGAUGAUCCCGAGGAGGGAUUCCUAUCGAUGGGGAUCGAUCGCUUGACUAUGGACAGCGAGCCAAAGACCAAGAGUCCAAGAAACUUGAGAAAGAGCAAACGCUUCAAUGAUCUCUGGAAAGAUCAAACCACAAACAAGAUCAACACAAACAACGUACUACUCAGACCACAUAUAGCACACAAGAGCAACAGCAGUUCUAAUGUAACAAACGGUCAAGUAAACGGCAAGCAACGUGUUGUGGGUCUCUACAAUGUGAACUUCCCGAUCCUAAGCAACAACAACCCUAAGGCCUUGAAAUUGAACAUAUUCAUCAACUUAUCAAGGGGCAAGAAGUGCUUUCUACAGGACCUAACGCUCUGCACGCGCAAGGGUUCAGAUGAACAAACGCAGCUCAGAAGCGAUUCACACGGAACAAGACUCAUCAUCGGCCGGGUGCUCGUUAAGAACAUAUUUUUCGACAAACGAGUUGUAAUCAAGUAUACCUGGAAUGCUUGGCAAACCACUCGCGAAGUCGAGUGCGUCUACGUGAGCGACGGCGACGGAAUCCUUCCGGGAACGAAUAUGGACGUCUUCAAAUUCAUCAUAGACGACCUCAGCAGAACAGACUCACGCGCAAAGUUAGAGUUCUGCAUACACUAUGUUGCCAGAAACGACUUCCAGCGACAGGAGUACUGGGAUAACAACGAGGGAGCAAACUACAAGCUCGACUGCAUUCUCGACGGUUUUCACAAUCCGUUCGCUACAACCUAA